AUGUCCUUCAUUUCGACCUACUCUCUUCUGCUUGUCUUUGCUCUGCCCUACCUCAAUCCGGACUACUUGUUCUCUCUGAUUCUGCACAUCUUCCUACCCGCCGCCGGCGCUCUAGAUGUGGAGCCCAUGGACACCGCGGCCGACUGGUCGGCCGACGAGUUGCUCGACGUUGUCGAGACGAGGGAAGAGGCGAAGUUGUCAACUGGCCUAACUGUACCACCGAUGCUCGAGAGUCUGGCGAGCAUUCACGACGAGACGGCAAUGUCUGCCGACAAAUCUGUGUUGAAACCGAACAGUCUGGGUCUGUUCGAGCUGAACGCCAACUCGACACGCGGCACCAGCGACUGGAGACCGACGACAGGGCCUCGAGCAAAGGCGUCGGCCUCGACGACAGCAACGACGGCGACUGAGACGACGACGGCGGCGAACAAGGAGCCCGGCCAGGAGGGAACCCCGUUUGGCUGUAGUGGUAACCUGCACGGCGAUGUGUACAACUGGGCCGACCUGAUCCAGAAUUACAUCCAACAACUGGCGCAGGAUGGCAUCCGACGAGACGUCACACAAAGACUCUUCGACCGGGCCGCGUACAAGGCGGAGAAGAAGCAUGGCCAUCGUCUGGUACAGUUGGUUAGUAACCGGCUGGGCGAGUACAUCGCGGAUCGCAAGAAGGCGGCCUACAGCAUUGUACAAGCUGCCGUGCGUCACUACGACGAGAUGAUCGCGUUCAGUGAUUUGGACCAGAAGCUGAGCGACCCCAGUAUUCAAGAUUCCCUCGAUUCCGACCGUCCUAACCCUCUUCUCUCCUCGAUGCUGCAGUUCAAUCCCUACUUCAAACAACGCGUCACCAUAAACCACUCAACUUUCAAGGUGCCCGACGAGGUGCCUCGCAAUCUGUCCACCACCAUUCACGCCAUCAAUUGGACCUACGCGCUGGAGCAGACGAUGCGAGGAAACUUUGAGACGUAUCCAAGUCUAAAGUAA